AGGCGCAGCGCCGCCGCCACCGCCGCUGUCGGUGCUGGAGAUCGCGGCUCGGUGCAGGCGGCGCCCGCGCCUCAGCUCCUCCGCCAGCCGCGCGCCUGUCAGCCCGCUCGGGCCGGCUCCCGCCUCCCGCCUCCCGCCGCAGCCGCCGCAGAGUCUCCGGCGCCGAUGCCCGCCCUCUAGGUUCUGCCACUUGCUUGGAAAACAGCAAAAGAAGGAAAUUAAGGAGCCACCCCUGUAAUUUGCCCAGGAGGCCCCAGCAGGGUCAAUAGACAGAUCGUGUCCCAAGGACAAAAGCUGUAGGCAUCUGAGGAUAAACCACUCUGAAACACUUUGACCACAAAGCCGACCUAGAAGACUUUGACUCCAAGAUAUAAGGUGGUUUGGACACUCUGGAUAUUUGCCUGCUGUUUUCUAGCGAAACCUGACUCAUGAAAUGGAAUGAAGCUGAAAAAUCAUCUACUUCUCGGUGAAUUUGAGAGACGAUUGGGAUGGUCUUAAGUGCACAUCGCUAGACUCUAACUGCAGCGAUGAGUUCAGACGAGAAGGGCAUAUCCCCUGCUCAUAAAACAGCCACUCCAACCCAUAGAAGUGCCUCCUCUUCAACAUCCUCCCAAAGGGACAGUAGGCAGAGUGUCCACAUAUUGGAGAGGACUGCUUCCUCUAGCACUGAGCCCUCUGUAAGUCGGCAAUUGCUAGAACCGGAGCCGCUCCCCCUCUCCAAGGAAGCUGACAGCUGGGAAAUCAUAGAAGGGCUGAAAAUAGGCCAAACCAAUGUCCAGAAACCAGACAAACAUGAAGGCUUUAUGCUGAAGAAAAGAAAAUGGCCUUUAAAAGGCUGGCACAAGCGUUUUUUUGUCCUGGAUAAUGGAAUGUUAAAGUAUUCAAAGGCACCACUUGAUAUUCAAAAAGGGAAGGUCCAUGGGAGCAUAGAUGUUGGACUUUCGGUCAUGUCAAUUAAAAAGAAAGCUCGAAGAAUAGACCUUGACACAGAAGAGCACAUCUAUCAUUUGAAGGUGAAAUCCCAGGACUGGUUUGAUGCAUGGGUCUCCAAACUGCGCCAUCAUCGGUUGUAUCGUCAGAAUGAAAUUGUAAGAUCACCAAGGGAUGCCAGUUUUCACAUAUUUCCUUCAACCUCCACAGCUGAAUCCUCCCCAGCUGCUAAUGUUUCUGUUGUGGAUGGAAAGAUGCAGCCCAACAGCUUUCCGUGGCAGUCCCCUUUACCAUGCAGCAACAGCCUCCCUGCAUCCUGCACGACAGGCCAGAGUAAGGUGGCAGCCUGGUUACAGGACUCGGAAGAGAUGGACAGGUGUGCAGAAGAUCUUGCACACUGCCAGUCAAACCUUGUGGAACUUAGCAAACUCCUACAAAAUUUGGAAAUACUUCAGAGAACUCAGUCAGCACCUAACUUUACUGACAUGCAGGCUAACUGUGUAGAUAUUUCAAAGAAAGACAAGCGGGUCACAAGACGAUGGAGAACAAAAAGUGUCAGCAAAGAUACAAAAAUACAACUACAGGAAGGGCCACCUGCGAAGGGCCAGUUCAGCACAACUCGGCGCCGGCAGAGGCUAGCGGCAGCAGUGGCUACAACAGUUCCUUUCAGUGCUACCAUGUCACCGGUUCGCUUGCAUUCCUCCAACCCCAACCUUUGUGCGGAUAUUGAAUUUCAGACUCCCCCUGGCCAUCUCACUGACCCUCUAGAAAGUUCAACAGAUUAUACAAAGCUGCAAGAAGAAUUUUGUCUAAUUGCACAGAAAGUGCAUUCUCUUUUGAAGUCCGCGUUUAAUAGCAUAGCUAUAGAGAAGGAGAAGCUGAAGCAGAUGGUUUCUGAGCAGGAUCACAGUAAGGGCCACAGCACGCAGAUGGCGCGGCUCCGACAGUCACUGUCUCAGGCACUCAACCAGAAUGCUGAGCUAAGGAGUCGGUUGAACAGAAUACAUUCAGAGUCUAUUAUUUGUGAUCAGGUUGUCAGUGUAAAUAUUAUUCCUAGCCCUGAUGAGGCUGGUGAGCAAAUUCAUGUCAGUCUCCCCCUGUCUCAGCAAGUAGCCAAUGAGAGCCGCCUCUCCAUGUCAGAGUCUGUGUCUGAGUUCUUUGACGCCCAAGAGGUGCUCCUCUCUGCAAGUUCAUCUGAGAACGAGGCUUCAGAUGAUGAGUCUUACAUCAGUGAUGUGAGUGAUAAUAUAUCUGAAGACAACACCAGUGUUGCGGACAAUAUUUCUCGGCAAAUCCUGAACGGGGAGCUUACAGGAGGGGCCUUCCGAAACGGACGUCGAACGGGUCUGCCAGCUCCUUGUCCUGACACCAGUAACAUUAACCUGUGGAAUAUCUUGAGGAACAACAUCGGGAAAGACCUAUCCAAAGUCUCUAUGCCUGUGGAGCUAAACGAGCCGCUCAACACUCUGCAGCAUCUCUGCGAGGAAAUGGAAUACAGUGAGCUUCUGGACAAGGCUUCGGAAACUGAUGAUCCGUACGAGCGCAUGGUUCUCGUUGCUGCAUUUGCAGUUUCAGGAUAUUGCUCCACCUAUUUCAGAGCAGGAAGUAAGCCAUUCAACCCAGUCCUGGGGGAGACCUAUGAAUGCAUUAGAGAAGACAAGGGAUUCCGAUUUUUCUCAGAGCAGGUUAGCCAUCACCCACCUAUUUCUGCCUGUCACUGUGAAUCAAAGAAUUUUGUGUUUUGGCAAGAUAUCAGAUGGAAAAACAAGUUCUGGGGGAAGUCGAUGGAAAUCCUACCCGUGGGAACACUGAAUGUCAUGCUUCCAAAGUACGGAGAUUACUAUGUGUGGAAUAAAGUUACCACAUGCAUACACAACAUCCUCAGUGGGAGAAGAUGGAUAGAGCAUUAUGGAGAAGUAACCAUUAGAAAUACCAAAAGCAGUGUUUGCAUUUGCAAACUCACAUUUGUCAAGGUGAAUUAUUGGAAUUCUAACGUGAAUGAAGUCCAGGGGGCCGUGAUGGGGCAGGAGGGGAAGGUGGUGCACCGGCUGUUUGGGAAGUGGCAUGAAGGGCUCUACUGUGGUGUGGCCCCCUCCGCAAAGUGUGUCUGGAGACCAGGUUCCAUGCCAACCAACUACGAGCUCUACUAUGGCUUCACGAGGUUUGCUAUUGAGCUCAAUGAAUUGGAUCCCGUACUGAAAGAUCUCCUUCCACCAACAGAUGCCCGGUUCCGGCCAGAUCAAAGAUUUUUGGAAGAAGGAAAUUUAGAAGCUGCUGCAGCAGAGAAGCAAAGAGUGGAGGAACUCCAGAGAUCUCGAAGACGAUACAUGGAAGAAAACAAUCUUGAACAUAUACCAAAAUUUUUUAAAAAAGUUAUUGAUGCCAAUCAAAGAGAAGCCUGGGUUUCUAACGACACCUACUGGGAGCUUCGAAAGGACCCUGGGUUUAGCAAAGUAGACAGCCCCGUUCUUUGGUAAAACUGGGAACAUAGAGCUAGCCACAUAUCACACUCAGAAUGAAUAAAUAACUAUGCACAAUUAUGUUUCUUAUAGCUACGCGUGGUUUCUGGGUCGACUGAAAACCUACCAUUUGCUUUUCUAUUCAUCUUUAUAACGGACUUUCAGAAGUGCAUUAGAUAAGGCCCCUAACCACUUUUGGAUCCUUUCUGUUUUGCUGCAACCAUAUUCCUUAAAAAAAAACAUCCACACCCUCCUAGGAAAGCAGAAUAAAAGGAGCAUAAUACAAAAUCCAAAGUCUGAAGAGUUUGUAAAGAAAAAAAAAUAGUAACUGGUGCUUAAAGCUGAUCAAGAGAGUUAAAAACAGCGUAUAAGCCUCGCGUUCGGUCCGUUGUCGGGAAGCACCAUCCCUCACCGUAGGAGCUCCUGGGCCGCAGCAGUCAGUCAGCUCGGACUUCGAGUGUGUCUGUUCGAUGUGCUGUGCUUGUGCUGGCCUUGUCAAAAAAGACGUGAUGCUUCUCAGAUCCUGUUCCAUCUGUAUGCCAUUGUUCAUGCCUUAAGAUAUGCAAAGAUGUACAAUAAAUCAUUUUUUAAAUGUGUGCUCAUA